UCAGGGGUUCAUGGUCACAAGUCAGGGGUUCAUAGUCACAAGUCAGGGGUUCAUGGUCAUAAGUCAGGGGUUCAUAGUCACAAGUCAGGGGUUCAUGGUUACAAGUCAGUGUUUCAUGGUCACAAGUCAGUGGUUCAUCGUCACAAGUCAGGGGUUCAUGGUCACAAGUCAGUGGUUCAUGGUCACAAGUCAGGGGUUCAUGGUCACAAGUCAGGGGUUCAUGGUCACAAGUCAGGGGUUCAUAGUCACAAGUCAGGGGUUCAGGGUCAGAAGUCAGGGGUUCAUAGUCACAAGUCAGGGGUUCAUGGUCACAAGUCAGGGGUUCAUAGUCACAAGUCAGGGGUUCAUGGUCACAAGUCAGUGGUUCAUAGGCACAAGUCAGGGGUUCAUGGUCACAAGUCAGUGGUUCAUGGUCACAAGUCAGGGGUUCAUGGUCACAAGUCAGGGGUUCAUGGUCACAAGUCAAGGGUUCAUGGUCACAAUUCAGGGGUUCAUAGUCACAAGUCAUGGGUUCAUGGUCACAAGUCAGGGGUUCAUGGUCACAAGUCAGGGGUUCAUAGUCACAAGUCAGGGGUUCAUGGUCACAAGUCAGGGGUUCAUGGUCACAAGUCAGGGGUUCAUGGUCACAAGUCAGGGGUUCAGGGUCACAAGUCAGUGGUUCAUGGUCACAAGUCAGGGGUUCAUGGUCACAAGUCAGGGGUUCAGGGUCACAAGUCAGGGGUUCAUAGUCACAAGUCAGUGGUUCAUGGUCACAAGUCAUGGGUUCAGGGUCACAAGUCAGGGGUUCAUAGUCACAAGUCAGGGGUUCAUGGUCACAAGUCAGGGGUUCAUAUUCACAAGUCAUGGGUUCAGGGUCACAAGUCAGGGGUUCAUAGUCACAAGUCAGGGGUUCAUAGUCACAAGUCAGUGGUUCAUGGUCACAAGUCAUGGUUCAGGGUCACAAGUCAGGGGUUCAUAGUCACAAGUCAGGGGUUCAUAUUCACAAGUCAUGGGUUCAGGGUCAGAAGUCAGGGGUUCAUAGUCACAAGUCAGGGGUUCAUAGUCACAAGUCAGGGGUUCAUGGUCAAAGGUCAACGUUCAAUCACUUCAUCACGUCUCCAUCCUGAGCAGCACAUUGGUGACAGUAGAAAGGAAAAAUUAUCUUUUAACAGGAGGAAA